UAUUUGGUAUCACUAAAUCUCUAGCUUUUGAAAAAUCAAGAGUCAUAAAUAACAAAACCAAUCCCAAAAUGUUCAAAUACGCUGUUGUUGUCUUUGCUCUCAUCGCCUGCGCUGCCGCCAAACCCGGUUUGCUUGCUGCCGCUCCAUUGGCUUACGCCGCUCCCGCCGCUGUGGUUGCUGCUCCAGCUCCAGUGGUGACCGCCACCAGCAGCCAAGUGAUCGCCCGCAACUACAAUGGCAUCGCUGCUGCUCCAGUUGUUGCCGCCGCACCAGUAGCCGCCCCUGUUGUUGCCCGCUAUGCUGCCGCUCCAGUAGCCGCCCCUGUUGUCGCUGCUCCAGCUCCCGUUGUUGCCGCUCCAGCUCCAGUGGUGACCGCCACCAGCAGCCAAGUGAUCGCUCGCAACUACAAUGGAAUCGCCGCUGCUCCGGUGGUUGCUGCUGCUCCAGUUGUUGCUCGUUAUGCAGCUGCUGCUCCUUUGGUGGCGUCUCAUUAUGCCGCAGCUCCACUUGCCUCUUCCCUCCUUUGGUAAAUAAAGGAUUGCAUAGAGAAAUGGAAAGAUCAAAUGAUGAGCAUGGAAUAAAGAAAUCGAAUUGAAACAAUCU